AGCAUCUGUGAAUGGCUGUCCCGAUAUAGCGUGCUCCCACCGUAGAAGGCUAUUGCGUAUAUCGGUAGUGAUGAACUGGAAACGCAUCGAAUCGCCACGAGAAUACAACGAAAGUCCAGAGAUUUUCUAGGUAUCUGUUAUUAGUGCGUGGAUGUAUUUGAGAGUUUUCAGGCUCUUAUCAUUUUUUUUUAAGGCUUGCCUUAGAGGACCUUUCAAUCUCGUAAGAUACUCGAAGCGAAUCUCCAAACAUUGUUUGCACAUCCAUUCAAUGAGGAUUCGAGCACCCAUCGCUACAGAGUACAUGUGUGCCGCAUAAGCACGUAACAGUCUGUCAGACACACGCACACCCACACGCACAGCACAAUCUAAGCAGCUGUAUGUGUGUGUGUGUGGAUCGGUGCGAUCAACAGUACCGUAAGCCAAUGCCACGGGAAUGCUCGACACGGUACGUUAUCGUGCCGAUAAUUGCGAGUCUAAUUUAUACAAUCGACGUCGACAGCAGUUCUUGCAUCACGUAAUAACCGCAGCUGUUGAUUGUUUUGCGCUGACACAACUGACGUAGUCCGGUUCUUGCGCACACAUUUAGUCGUACUCGACGAUAUUACGCGCUUUUUCAGCUCCUUUUAUCGUGCUUACUGCGGCAGUUAUUUUGCUCGAUUCUAAAAAUAUAACGUUGCAGCACAAAAUAAGGCGAGUGCGAAAUAACGCCGGAAUAACGACCGGUCAGCGUAAAUAUCGAAUAACUUACAUCCACGCGUCUGUGUAGUAAUAUCUCGAGUAUCUCGUCGCGGCCGGGAGAUGCUUAGGCAGUAAAUCCUCGGCGAAAGUUUGACGGCGGGCAUAGUUUCGCUAUAAAUUUGUCAUCUUUGGACGUUAAAGCCUAUGAAAUAACGAAUUCUCAACUGGUAUAAACACCAGCUAUCAGUAUAUAACAUUAAUGUUUCCAUUUCUUACUCAACAAUGUAAAUGUGAUAUGACGCGAGUGUAUGUAACAGUUACAUUAUCGAGUGGGAAAUUAUAACAUUGAUGUACUAUUGCCGUUAAUUGAUAUUUACUGGGCUUCGUUAUAUAGUUACCUACAAGGUAAACUUGCACGCGCGUGAAUAGAGAUCGAGACAAAGAUUUUCCGUCGAGUUCGGGCUGCAUACGACACGAGAACGAGAGAUCAUAAUCGAUCUGACGUCCUCUUUGUUGCAGACAACCUUAACUGGGAAUCUAAUUUACUAAAAUCAUUUCGAUCUCGAAACCCUCGUUUUUCUUCUACCGCGAGAAACGUAUUGUUCGUUCGAUUUUGGUGAGUGGCGCCGAAAAUCACAGCCAUCUUCCUGGCGUUCAUUAUAGAAGAUGGCGUCAACCCUGAAGUUGCCGCGGCACAGCAGGUGUCACUCCGGCAAUAGAUGGAAAAAGAAGAAAAAAGCCGCGACUGUAUGUGCGCGCGCACAAACGAGCGAGUACACACACGUUCAGGACGGUGUAGCCGAGGCGUCGAGAAUGCCCGUGCGUGUGCCCGCGCACAGCGAAACUCGCUCCCGGAGCACGAUGAGCAGCCGCCUGCUGCACACGUCAUUGAGACCCACGCGAAGGAAUCCUGUUCACGACGUGCGUACUCCAUUCAUGAAGAGGACGUCGCAGUGUCAUAAGAUAUCAAAGUAGUGGCUACGCACAUAUCCAGGAGCAACAGAAUUCUUGAAUGCUUUCAAUGGCUCUUUAGUUGUCAAAUAUAUACACAGUACCAAAGAUACGAGAAUAAAGGAAACGGAAACAUGGAUAGAGGACACAGUGCUACCUACGCGAGAGAUGAUAACCACCUACUCGAAUACUGGGAGGAAUAUCAAAAGAUGAUAGAGGAAACAAAAAUGUUGGACGAUUAUUUGGAUGAAGAGUGCAGUCCACGAUGUUAUGAUGAGGGAGAAGAAGAAGCUGAAUGGUUACGUGCAGCAGGUUUAGAGCAAUUAACGGAGGCAUGGAAAGCAGGUAGAGAGGUACAACCAGAAGAAUUAGGAGCAGCCUUGCGUCCUCUGUCGCGAGCCCAGGCAGAAGCUGUGAAACGUCGUGUGAAGUCACUUAACCACACGGUUAAGCAACGUUUCAAUCAACGUCAGCGUGUUCGUAAACCAGACAUUCGAGACGUCUUUAAAGAUGUAGAGGUGUCCAGCACAGGUACACGAUCACGUAGCGCUACGCCUGAUUCAUUAGACUCAGUUCCAGGUGCUACACCAGAAAACGCAUCACCUCCUUCACCUCCAACAGUCACCGUGAUCGAUCAUCCUCAUCAAAGCGGUGUCCCAAGUUUCGUAUCCAUAUUUCAUCGUACGUCGAAUGAGGGGAAAACGAUAGUUCGUAGAACACCAAGUGCGCCGCAAACGGUUCUUAAUUCUGUGCCAACGUCUGCUCCAGCACCUGUACCUGUACAAGAAAUUUUUAGGAGGACUGGUAAUUGGUCAAGAGGAGAUGUCGCAAAUGAUUCAGAAGGGAUUCAGCUUACUGGUUACCAUAGAUUGGGAACGAUACAUGUUUCCAGGCAGAUUCAAAGACACAAUAACGGCGGUCUUGGCGAUGUAGAAAACACGACGCAUUUGGACACGGAAUCGGUUAAAAAACUGUCUGUACCAAAGGAAUCGACUCUCCGACGAAAUUCAGGAAGUCAUGCGACGGUGACUCGAAGUCAUAGCAGUUUAUAUGGCUUGACUAGGCCAGCGGAUGAGAAUCUCAUAACUCAUCCGUUGAGUCGCACUUCGUCGCACGGCCAUCUCAGUUUUGAGCAGAUGUGCAGGACCAAUGAAGUUAAGUCUUAUGACAAUCUCGUAACUGACGAUGAUUACGCUCGACAAGAAGUAGAACUGCUGUCGCAACGGGAUCUCACGAGAUUGCAACCUCUUCUGUGGCUCGAAUUGACGGCUAUUUUUGAUAAAUAUAAUAUACCACUUACGAGAAGAAAGCCCAAUAAACGACGGAGAAAAGCUGGAAAUCUGUUCGGCGUCUCUUUGUCGACACUAUUACUCAGGGACAGUCAAUUGACUAGCGAGGAAAAUAACAUACCAUUAGUGUUCCAAAAAAUACUUAAUGAAUUGACGAAACGUGGAGUAAAAGAGGAGGGCAUUCUUCGUGUUGGCGGCCAUAAACAGAAAGUAGAAAUGAUCUGUACGGAAUUAGAGACAGAUUUCUACUGUAAACCAAAAGAGAUGGAUAAACUAUUUAAACGAACUCCAUGUCAUGAUUUAUCAGCCAUCUUAAAGAGAUUGUUGCGGGACUUGCCACAACCUCUCCUCACAGUUGAGCUGAUCGAUGCCUUCUAUCAGAGUCACGGUGUAAAGAGUCCCCACGACUUGGUGUACUCCCUCAAUUUGCUGGUGUUAUUGCUGCCUGUCGAACAUCGAUGCACCUUAGAGGCGUUGUUAAAUUUCUUGAAGCUGGUCAUCGAGAAUCAGGUGUGGAACAAGAUGUCAAUACACAACGUGGCUAUGAUAGUAGCACCAUCGCUGUUUCCACCUCGGUACGUUCAUCCUCGAGACCGUGCCGAUUUGACCGCUCAAGUCAACAUGGCUGCUAUAUGCUGUCAAGUAACGGAAGCUCUGCUCAACAAUGUCGACAAGUUAUGGUAUGUACCGACAGAACUUAUAAAUCAAUUGCGCCGGCAAUCCGAGGUAGAGAGAUAUCGUAAAUACAAGAAAAAGUAUUAUUGAUUACAGUUAGAUGACUUAAACAAAAAUUAGUCGUAUACAUGUAAUUUUACAUACAUAACUCUAGAUAACAAUGGUGCCUGCCUGCAUAUCAUGAGAUCUGCAGCACUUCGUUUUGUAGACUAUAAGAUAUUCAGAUUAAUUAAUGUUAUUUAAGCGAUUCUGAGUGGUCAUCUAGAGUCAAUUAUAAUACUAUAUCUUUCACCUCAUCUUUAAUAUGCUUAUAAUCGUGUUAUCACAUAUAUUUACUGCAGGUUUGCACGUUUUGUAUGUGCAAGUGAGUUAACAAUUUAUUUGUCUCGAGGUGCAAUAAUUUAGUAAAAUAGAUUUUCCACAUUGCCUCAUAUACACAUUACACGAAAUACAUAUAGUUUUUAUACAAAAACAAUUUUCCAUAUAAUACAAAGAGCAAUUUAUUUCUCUUAGAGUUUUACGCGAUGACAAAUAUUAAUCUAUAUAUUACGAUUGCACUAUAAAGUAGCAAUUCGUACAAAAUAAUUCGAAGUGAUAUAUUUUUCGAUUGGGUGCUAUAGUAUCUUUCUCAGUUUAUUUUUUAAUUAAUAAUAUUUAUUUACGAUUGUGUAUUAUACACAAUAUGCUGUAUAAGUAAGAUAUGUUAUUGUUAAUAUCAUACUUUGCAUAAUCAUGCAUAAUACGAGUGGCAUUUCAGAUAUUAUUAUAGCAGUUUGCUUUUAAGUUUUAUAAUUUAUUAUAUGAUUUUGUUAAUAACAAUUUAUAGAAAUUCAUCAGGAUGGAUGAUUAUAAUUUCAUUGAUCGUUAUUUCUGUGUUUGCCAGGUCUCUCUUUUUCAUCUAAUUAACUUAUAGAAAAGUUUAACACAUAGCAUAGAGAGUCAGGAAUAUCUCGGUUUAGUUGUGACCAUUAUGGAGUCAUUUAAAUUUUGUUGUAUAAUUUUGUUAUAAUUAUUGAAGAUUCUGGUCGUUAUUCGUUUAUGUGGUCUUUAUUUUUCAUUACAUAAUUAUGUAAAACAAAUGUCUUCUUAUAAAAUUAAGUAGAACAGAAUUUCAUUAGGCUGACGUUCAUCUAACAUCUCCAAUGGUAUACGUGUUUAUUAUUGAUAUAUCGUUUCCACAGGAUCAGCAUGUCGUCUUAUCGUUCAUCAUAGGCCAUAUUAUUUUAAGACUUUGUAUAUAUAAUUUCAUAAGUUGUUAUUUACGUUAAUAAAGUGCCAAAGAAAAUGA